CACAACCUCACAAAGUAGUGUGUACUUGAUCCAUCAAGCAAGCAAAAAAGAGAAGCUUCUCUAGAGGAAGUAGUAGUUCGUUUUCCUUCUUCUAUUUCCGGUCACUCGCUUAGUCAGCAUAUACACACCGUGGAAUUCAGCUAGCUAGCUGUGACACCAUUAUGGAAGGUCUGCCGCCGGCGGAGGUUUCUGAAACCCAGAACAAUAGGGCGGCCGUCCUUGCCUACCCCUCCGCGGCCGCACAAGUUAACGCACAGUCUUUCCUACAACUCGCCAUGUACCCUAUUACUCUAAAGUUUGAGGAGGUGUUUUACAAAGUGAAAAUGGAUCACAAAGCUGGACUAGUACCGUGGCCGAGUAGUAGUAGUAACAAGUUAACUUCGGAGAAAAGCAUACUGAAUGGAAUAUCAGGUGUGGUUUGCCCCGGAGAGAUACUAGCCAUGCUAGGUCCCUCCGGCAGUGGCAAAACCACUCUUCUCACCGCACUCGGCGGCCGCCUCCACGGUAAGCUCUCAGGCAAAAUCACCUACAACUCCCAGCCAUUCUGCGGCUCCAUCAAACGGAGAACUGGUUUUGUCUCACAGGACGAUGUGCUAUACCCUCACCUCACCGUGACCGAGACCCUCGUCUUCACCGCCCUGCUGCGUCUUCCCAACACCCUGACACGCGACGAGAAAGUGCAGCACGUAGAGCACGUGAUCAGCGAGCUCGGGCUGAGCCGGUGCCGGAGCAGCAUGAUUGGAGGCCCACUGUUUAGGGGAAUAUCAGGUGGGGAGAAGAAGAGGGUGAGUAUUGGACAAGAGAUGCUGAUUAAUCCGAGCUUGCUUUUGCUUGACGAGCCCACCUCGGGUUUGGACUCCACUACGGCGCAGAGGAUUCUGACCACGGUCAAGAGGCUCGCAAGUGGGGGCCGGACCGUCGUCACCACCAUCCAUCAGCCCUCGAGUCGCCUCUACCACAUGUUCGAUAAACUCGUCUUGCUUUCCGAGGGCUACCCCAUUUACUAUGGCCCUGCUUCAUCUGCUCUUGAGUAUUUCUCCUCCAUUGGUUUCUCCACGUCCUUGCCUAGUGUCAAUCCUGCUGAUCUCUUGCUCGAUCUUGCUAACGGAAUCGCCCCCGAUUCGAAACCUGCUGCUGAUCAUCAACAACGUGAGAACAUGGAACAGGAGUCGAAGAUGGUGAGAAAAGAUCUUGUUUCUGCCUACGAUAAAAACAUUUCCGCAAGAUUGAAAGCUGAGCUCUGUGGUGCUGGUGUGGAGGCCAAUAAUGUCUUUAACAAUUACAUCAAAGAAGCUGCUUCAUCAAGACACGACCAACAUCAUGAACAUUAUUGGUGUACAAGCUGGUGGCACCAGUUCAAGGUACUCCUUCAGAGGGGAAUAAGGGAACGACGUUUCGAAGCAUUCAACAGGCUAAGAAUUUUCCAAGUCCUAAGCGUCGCCACGCUCGGUGGACUCCUCUGGUGGCGCACCCCUUCCUCCCAUAUCGAAGAUCGAAUCGCCUUGCUAUUCUUCUUCUCUGUCUUCUGGGGCUUCUACCCUCUCUACAACGCAGUCUUCACAUUCCCCCAAGAAAGAAGAAUGCUCAUAAAAGAACGAUCUUCUGGAAUGUACCGCCUCUCUUCCUACUUCCUAGCCAGAACAGUCGGAGAUCUACCUCUCGAACUUGCACUCCCCACUGCAUUCGUAGUAAUAAUCUACUGGAUGGGUGGACUCAAACCCGACCCGUUCACCUUUAUCCUGUCUCUGCUUGUUGUGCUCUACAACGUCCUAGUCUCACAGAGCCUUGGCCUUGCCAUUGGCGCCAUUCUCAUGGACAUAAAGCAAGCUACUACUUUGGCUUCGGUUACAACCCUUGUGUUCCUCAUCGCCGGAGGCUACUACAUACAACAGAUUCCUCCUUUCAUAGUGUGGCUAAAAUACUUGAGCUAUAGCUUCUACUGCUACAAACUGCUUCUCGGGGUUCAAUACCGGGAAGAUGAUUAUUACGAGUGCUCGAAAGGAGUUUUGUGCCGAGUUGGAGACUUGCCGGCCGUGAAGUCAAUGGGAGAUCUUAACAACUUGUGGAUAGAUGUCUCGAUUCUUGCCCUGAUGUUACUAGGUUACCGAUUUAUGGCUUAUCUCGCUUUGCAUCGAGUCCGCUAGGUAGUUAGCUAAGUACUUCCGGCCACUUCUAAGUUCAAAUCAUCACCAGAUCGAGAUCGCCGCCGCAGUCUGAAGAGUUUUCUCCUACCUUCUUCAACUGAUCAUCGUCUCUCUACAUUGGCAGUUCAACGAUUAAUAAUUCAUUAAUAAGAUCUAGUUGAUUAGCUAGUAGAAAAUAAUGAAGUCCGUGGUGUAAUGGUAAUCAAGUUUUUGAGCCAUAUAUAUCCUUGUGACCGAUCAUC